CUCUCCCCACUGUGUUUCGCUCGCUCGCGUUUCUUCUCCGAACUAGGUUAGACAGACUCUCUGUCCUCUCUCUUCGGAUCGAAUUACCUAAACCAGAGAGAAAGACCCAAAACCCCCUCUAUCUAGAUUCUACCUUCUGAGUGCUUGAAGAAGAAUCAGAGAAACGAGAAGAAAAGGCGAGGUUUUGCUUCUGUUCCGUGGCGAGGAUUCGAUGCCAGGGGACUCUGUCGAUUGGUUCUCUGGGCCAAAUUAGGGCUUUAGGUUAGCGAGUUGUGAUUGUGGGUCGAAUUUGAUUUGGUUAUUCCUGAUUCAGGUCACUCUUUUAUUCCUUCUUUCUUUUUCAUAUCACAUUGGAUUGGUGGCAAACCCUAGUUUGCUAUUCUGGUUUGGUUAUAAAUUAGGAAGAAAAAUUAAACAGAAUUUAUUGGUUGGUUGUUCUUGUGUAGAUAAAAUCUGGACUGAUGAUUCCUCGUUCUUUUCCUUUUAUUUUGAUUUGAUUAUAGCUGAUCUUACGUUCCGUUUUGCAAGAAACUCCGUGAAAUUUUUGGUCGCGUUGUUUUAGUUUGUCAUCAGAAAUUGAGGGUUUUCUUGUAGAUCCUUCGCUUCCCUGGUCUUUUAAAAUUUCCCCCUUGUUUUCUUUCUAGGUUUGCGUUUCAUUCAUCACUUCCAAAGAAUACGUUUAUUUUUCCUCUUUGAAAAAAGAAAAAAAAAAGAUUAGACAUCUGGGGUUUGCUUGUCUUAUUGUAUAUAUUCUAUUAGAGAACCAUGGCCUUGAAUUUUUCACAUCGACCCAUCUUUCCUGCGCAUUUAUCGGAGGACAAAUUGGUUUCUUCUAUGAGAAUUGCGAAUGGGUACUUUGUGGACGGCAUCCAAGAGAAAGUUGAGGAGUGCUUUGACUAUGGAAGGGACAGGGGUGAUAGGUGUGGGUCGCAUGAGUCUGUUUCCACUGACAUUCUCGAUCUCUUGCCUUCAGAUCCCUUUGGCAUGGAUAUGAGUACCACUUUUACUGCCAUAACUGGUUGGCUUGAGGAUUUGGAGGUGGACUAUGGUGGAUUUAGGAGGAAUGAUGUGGGGACAAGUGAUGGGGAUUAUCAAUUAUAUGCUGGACUUAAUUUUAUAUGGAAUAAUGCGAUGAAGUUUCAUGCUUUUCCUGCAAGCAUGGGUUUUGAUCAGAAAUUGAAUGUGGAUGGCAGAUGUGGUAGCACGUGUUUAGAGGAGAAGCGAGCAGAGGAUGCAUCCAUUAGUAACGGCGAUGAAGAUACUGGUUUCUUGAACUUUCAGAGUGAAGAACUUGGGGCAUCACUGAGGCAUGAUUGUGUCGGAUCAGCUGGUAACGUGGAUGACCUUUUGAGUAUGGGGAAUGAAACUAGAGGCAAUGGAAAUGCGGUUUUAGUGGACUUCCAGAGUGAAGAAAUUGACUCAUCACUAAGUCACGAUGGUGUCGUAUCAGCUUGUAACGCGGAUGACAUUUGGAGGUUGGGGAAUGAAAUCAGAGGCAGUGAAGCUACGAGUUUUGUGGGCUUUCAGACCGAAAAACUUGGGGAGGGCAGUGGAGGUAGUUUUGCUGAUGAUGACGGAGCUCCUCAUCAGGCUUUGCAUUAUGCCUUUGCCUAUCUGGGUGUGCGAGAUCUUCUUGUUGUUGAAACAGUUUGCAAAACUCUGCGUGAUACAGUUCGAAGUGAUACUCUCUGCUGGAAGCAUAUUCACAUAGGUCAUCCGUUAAAUGAGAAGAUUACUGAUGAUAUUCUUUUGGAAUUAACUAAUAGGGCUCAUGGCAAACUAGAGAGCUUGACCUUGGUGGAAUGCUUAAAGAUUACUGAUGAUGGUCUAAAACGCGUGCUUGGAAAAAAUGGAAGACUAACCAAGCUAUGUGUGCCUGGAUGUACAAGACUCAGUAUUGAGGGUAUAGUGACUAGCUUGACGGCAUUUAAGAAUGUUGGUGGUCUAGGAAUGAAGCAAUUAAGGAUUGGUUGGAUUUAUGGUGUCACUCAAAAGCAUUUUGAAGAGUUGAAGUCGUUGUUGGGCACAGAUAGCUACGCGCAGCAGAAUGCCCACAAGCUGCGGUUCUAUCACAGGGGGAACAUGUACUUGUCCUGUGAGGAUGGUCGUCAAAUUGAUAUUGAAAGCUGCCCUAGAUGUCAGAACCCGAGGCUAGUUUAUGAUUGCCCAGGAGAGGGUUGCCUGGGAAAGAAGCACUCUACUGAGGUGUGCAGGGCAUGCACAAUUUGUAUACCACGUUGUGCUGAGUGUGGUCGCUGUAUUAAUGACAGUGAAUAUGAGGAAACCUUUUGUUUGGAGUUGCUUUGUUCAGCUUGUGGAAAACAGCUCUUGAAUUGCCAGGAGAAGUAUGACAGCAAGAUUGUUCUUUCCGGGCCACCUGCUCUCAGUGUCUUGAGCUGUAGUGUCAGAGGUCAUGGCUAGACUCUAAUAUCUGUUUUUCUCUUCUGGUUUUCCCUUUUGGCGGAGGAAUGCAUGGUUUGCUAUUCAGACAUCUAUUUUCUACAAUGUUGAAUAAUCUUGUGAGCUUAUGAAUGCCCCAUAAUAUCUUGUUCUACUGUUUGAGUGAGCUUCAGCUUUUGGUAGACUCCAACUUGGCUUUGCCUAAUUGGGGUGUCCAUGGACUUCUGUUUGUGUUAUCCAAAAGUAGGAAGGGGGAAAAGAAAAUGAAAUAAUAUGUUCUUGGAAGUAACGAAGUCUGCUAGCCUCAGUAUAGUGUUAAUAAGAAGGGACCACUGUGGCUGAAUUUACUAGAAGUCGUACAAAGCAUACUUUGGCUUGCUGCCUGCUGGUAAAUUUUGGGAACCAACACUUGGAUCUAUCUGAGAGUGGUUGCGAUUUAUCUGGCAUUUUCUCUGCUGGGAAAAAUGGCAAGGCUGCUCGUUUGUAAUACUCUUAACAUCAUUCAUCAUCUGUCAGUAUUUUUUUCCAAUUGAAGCAAGUGGAGUCCAUUAAUUUGUAGUGGGGCGAGCUAUAUAAUUGUCUGUGUGUCCUGAUGAAAUGUUGGGAUUUGUCAUUUUGGUGUGCGAGUUUACCGAUGGGCUGUUGUUAAAGUGUUUGACUUGUGAGUAGCUUGCAUUUGUCGUUGAUAAAGUGAUUUGGGAGUGUUGGAUGCGCUUGCUUACAGCACUAAUGUCUUCCUGCGAGACUGAGGGUUGCUCUCGCCUUGCUUGCAUCGUCAGGAUUGGGCUACCCAGUUUGCAGAGUUGCACUAAUAACAAUUUAACUUACCCUCCUCGAAUCCUCAUAAUUGGUUUCCACUCUUAUAUAUUAUAAGGCUUUUACUAUGCUGCUUCAUUGCAUGGAAGCUUUUGUGUGUCUCUUAUGGACAUCAGACUGCAUAAUUCUUCUCGAGAGAGAAAAUAAAAGAUGGUGCUUUGUGUA